AUGGGGAUUAUCCUUACCCAGAUCCAUGGUGCUAUCAAUACUGAACCAGAUUUCUCGGUCGCGCUGUCUGAAGAAGGCAGUUGGGCUGCCUUCAUCGCAUCCGAAAUUACUCAAGACGUAGCCGCGGUGGCAGCCGCAGUGGCAGCCACGCUUUCGAUCAUCAAGGAGAACAUUUUGAUGGACAUGGCUGGCGAUGGCGAUAACUAUUUUAGCUUAUGGUAA